AUGUGGUCAGACUGCCUGCACAGCCGUAAAAAAGUUGAAAAAAGCGGCACAGGCGCAAAGCACAAGGCCACUGAAGGUAAAAUAUCGCGUAAAAUGCAAAAAACGUAGGCUUCAAUCAAAAGGUCCAACAAAAGCAUGAAAAAUUUACAAAGGGCACUAGGACGGCUUAAGUAGCCCAAAUGCCUGAAACAGUAUUUCCCCGGAAUGCAGUUAAAGCAGGCAUAGACAGCAGAAUUUAUUGGAACCAGUGAAUUUCGCGACGGCUUAUCAACUGCAGCCUGUCGUUGCAUAACACGGAUAACAAGGGAGAAAGGUACAGAGGUUUGAACUUCCACAGAGAAAAUCAAUAUAAAACAACAACGUCAUCGUAUACUGCACGCAGACUAAUCAAUAGAAUGGUAACUUGGAAAAAGCAGCAUAGGAAAGAAAAUGGGGAAGUAAACAUGCCGAGGGAUUUCGAAAAUUGAAAGGGCGCAGAUUUACCAGGGAAAGCUGAGGUUGACCACUGUUUGCAUAGGUCGGGUUUCUCCCGCCAUAUGUAGUCUGCCUCCAAAUAGCGCAGUAACCGAGUUGUUCGUGCUCGAACUAAUACUCAAAAAGAUGUUUUGGGGUCAGCCAAAUGACCGCCAUCUAGGAGGUGCUCUGUGAUAGAAGACCGUGGAAUUUUAUUCUCCUGAAUAAAUGACUUUUAAAUUUGACCCAAAUACGUUGACAAACAAAUUGAGAGAUGUUAAAGAUUACAAGAAGUUACUAUUUGAAUUGAGUGAAAAACAAAUUAAUGGAAAAUAUUUCUAAGUUUCCAGCCCGAAUACCAGCUGGCGCGUCUUUCUUUAAAUUCAAACCGAAAGAUCAAAAAUUAAUUUUUACUAUAAGUAUCGAAAAGCGUAGGAACACACGCAUGAGCGGAGCCCUGUACAAGAUUACUGCCUCUAAAUGGCUGGAGGCGCAUCUAGAAAAGUGGCACCAAUCGGUAGAUUCUCUGUUCUUCUGCAUACCUUGACUUACACUUAUGACCUAAUCGUUUUGCGAAUGCUGUACAUGCUGAUGCAGUGAGCGUCAGUUUUCUUUUCCAUUCCGUGAAUUUUAUUCGGGUAACAUGUGAAAGUGUAAGGUCCUAGUAUCUUGCGUAGGCGUAGAUGAUGGCGAUGAUGAUGGUGAUGAUGAUGAUGAUGAUGAUGAUGAUGAUGAUGAUGAUGAUGAUGAUGAUGAUGAUGAUGAUGAUGAUGAUGAUGAUGAUGAUGAUGAUGAUGAUGAUGAUGAUGAUGAUGAUGAUGAUGAUGAUGAUGAUGAUGAUGAUGAUGAUGAUGAUGAUGAUGAAUGGUAG